AUGAAUACGACUACCAAUACAACCAAUACAACCACCACCACCACCACCCAAAAGAAAAAACCUUUAUCAAAACAGCCACAAGACAAGGAUAUCCCAAUUAAACCUACUUGGAAACCGGUCAAAUUAGAUGAGAAACCACCGUUCUCUUAUGCCACUAUUAUUGCGCAUGCUAUCCUUUCCAGUGAAAAGCGGAAACUCACGUUAAGUGAAAUAUAUCAAUGGAUCUCUGAACAAUAUCCAUGCUAUUCCAUGAAAGAUCAUCGCUGGCAGAAUUCCAUCCGUCACAACCUAUCACUCCAGAAAGCCUUUGUCAAGUUGGAGCGUGAUGCCAGUACGCCUUCAGGGAAAGGCUGUUUUUGGACGAUUCUGCCUGGUUAUGAACAACAGUUUAUUGAUAAUUUG